UAGUUCAACAAUAUGCCCUGCGACUCAGGCGUCUCUCUGUCUCCACUCUGUCGGUCUCUCCAGCGGCGGCCGGCCUUAGUCUGCUACUCUGCUCCGAUUCCCUUCACCAAACAUCAGAGGUAAAGAAUAGAAGGAUUUUAGCUUUUGAUUUCGAGUGACACCUAACUGUUCUUUCAAUUUAAUGGCUCGACGUCGGCGACUCAAAACCCUACCGGAUCCAAGUAAGGAUUUAAUUAGUGAGCUGCCGUUAGAGGUAAAGGACAGAAUUUUGGAGUGUUUGCCCACCCGAGAGGCCGCCAGAACUGCUCUGCUCUCAAGGCACUGGAAUGAUGUUUGGUUGCAGCAUGGGCGGCUUGUAUUCGAUUGGGAAUUCUUGCGAAGUCUCCAACAGUGCGAAGAUGAUGAAGGUAGAAACCUCGUGAAAAUAAUGAAUGAUAUCCUCUUUUUUCGUGCUGGGCCUAUCAAGAAAUAUCAAGAAAUUUACUCUAGAGAUUUUAUGUGAGGAACCUAAGCUGCAGCAGUCUAAAUUUGAUAGGUGGUGCCUUUUACUGUCAAGAAAUGGUGUGGAGGAACUUAACCUAUCUAUAGAGAGUUAUGAGUGUUAUAAACUGCCAUUUUGUUUACUCUAUUGCAAGACAAUUAAGCAAUUGAUAGUCCAAGAAAUCUCUAUUGAUUUGCCUGUAAAUGGUUGUGGCAUAUUUUCCAAUGUCACUUCAUUAGCUUUCUUGUAUCUUGACUUUAAGCGCAGUGAUAAUGGAAUUGCCUCUAGUAUUAGUAUUCCUAAACUUGAGAAGCUGGCUUUCCAACUUUGUAGCGGGAUCAAUAAGUUUAAGAUUAGCGCUCCAAAGCUUGAAAUCUUGUCCGUUAUUACUUCUAUAGAAAAUGUGGUUGAGUCGAGAUGGUUGGCACCGCAUUUGAAAGCCAUUAAAACUCUUUGGUUGUGUGGCUCUUCGUUGGAGCUUGUGGAUGUUUCUAUGUUUCCAACUGCAAUGAAUCUUCAAGUGAUGAAGCUGUAUAAUUUACUUGUAAGUUGUGGUAAGCAGCUCACCGUUGCUAUGCAAUUGCUUAAAGCAUGCCCCAACUUAUGUGAACUGCAAAUUAUGGCAGAUGAGAUUAGUCGGAAGGACAAUGAAGAAGCUACUUCAAGACUUUUGGAGGAUCCAGACGGUUGCUUUGUUAUUCAGGAGAUGAAGAUGCUUAACACAAUCAAGAUUGAAGCAUUUAGUGACUCUGCACUCGAAAUGCUUUUUAUAAAAAUGUUGCUCUCAAAAUCUCCUGCAUUAGAGAGAGUUGUUAUUGUGAGGAGUGAGUAUCCGCGCCCAUCCAAGGUGAGGAAAAUCGAAAGGAAGUUGAAAUGCUUCCCUUGUGCAUCUCCAAACGCACAAAUUAUCUGCGUGGACAAUUAUGCUGUGUAUGAUGAUGUGGCUAUGUAUUACGACUGGUUGGAUACCCAUGGUUUUAGGCUUAUAGAAACUCAGUGAAUCCCUACCUCCACGGGUCCAUCUUGGGUGCUACCUUGAAAUGUAAACAAUGGUUGUGUUGGAAGUUGAAAUGUUGUGUAUGUUGUUCAGGAUAGGGUAUUUGUAAUCAGCAAGCAUGAACUCCAAGAAUGUUUCUCUAUUUGCUUUUGUUAAUAAAUUACUUCAAUUAUGCUGCUCU